AUGUCUGAACCCCAUACCCAUCAAAGUAAUACCUUAAACAAUGAUGUUAUCUACAAAUUAAACAAUCUGUACAUUAAACAAGAUGUUAGCGACCAUUCAAGGACUCUUCAAAAUCUCAUCCCAGAAAUUUUAGAAUGCAUCUUAAUUUUUCUUCCUCGUCCAGAUGUUGUCGCACCUCUUUGCCGACAGUUUCGUGCAAUCGUAUCACAGUCCAUGAGCUUUAAACGUCGUUGGCUUCGUAUUUGGCUCCAUCCAAAACUACCAGAUGCAUUUUUACCUACCUACAUGGAUCUUUGUAAAGCUGUGAAUACAAAAACUCCUUUUAACAUACUGAUGCAAAUUAUUGAUUUACAAAAGUUAUGCAAUAGACCUUUAAUCUCUCCCCGUGAUGGCAACGUCACAAAGUUAUUUGAUGCUGCAUUUUGCCAUAGUGAAAGGGACUCUUUAAUCCCCUUUCUGAUUUCACGGGGACUGAAUGUCAAGAGGUAUAUUAAAGAUCAUGCGACAAAAGACUUUCUACGCUCAUCAAAUUCUGAUGAUAAAUUGGACAAGGAUUAUCUGUCACCAUUGUUAAUUGCAGGACAAAAAUCAAAAAAUUUUAUUGCAGAACUUGCCGCUUCCAGGAGUUUCUUUAUAGAAACUGAUUUGGCAUUCGCAAUUGUCCUCUACGAACGUCUCGAUGUAGCCUCUGUUCUAGCCGUUCACCCUCAACACAUAUUGAACAUUUUAGAAGAAAGUGUAGACAGACAAUUUACCGCAGGCAUUGCCUGGGCUUUUCGUAGUGGUGUGGGGGAUGCUCAAAAACAGAACCCACUGUAUCUUCGCCUGUGCAUAGAGAAAGCCGAUGUCGACUCGGCGAGGGAUAUCAUUAAUAGUGGUGCAAAUAUUAAUUUAUCACCAUCAGCUCACACAGACGAUAAAUCGAGUUACGGGUCUACUAGUCUCUUGGAAUUUAGUAUACAAUGCUACCUACAAAAUCUCUCCAAUGACCAAGACAAUGAGCGCGCUAGGAAGGAUAUCAUUGUACUAUUCUUAGAUUCCGGGGCAGAUCCCAACGCUGACAAUGGACGGCCCUUGACUCUCAGUGUUAUUAACCAUAAUUGGGACCUCACGGAACUUCUGCUUUCUCAUAAUGCAAACGUUGACUGUGAUGAAGGAAUGGCCGUUAGAUUAGCCACGAAUUUAGGAUAUAAGGAUAUGGCCAAAAUGUUAUACCGCCGAAGAUCCAGGUCCGGAUCUCAUGAUAAUCAAACUGGCACCGUGAGAAGUAUUGUUAAAAGAAUGAGUAUACUGAAAAAGAUUAGAAGGAAGAGUGACAGUGAUGCUCAUGGGAAUGACAAAAGAAAGAAAAGUUUUUUUGACCAAUAA